CUCAAUCGAAUACUAAUAGCUCGCCGGUGCCGCGCUAACAGUUGUGGCGCAAGGUAGCAGAAGAACCCUACGAAUCGAUUUCAUUUUGGAUAACGGUUUUGAUUUCUCACUCGGCAGUUACCUUCGAAAUCCAAAAGCUUUGUGCGAGGAAAAGAGCAGUUGUUUGGGGAUUCGGCGGGUGAUUAAGUGGUGCAGGAGAGUGCAGGUAAGCGUUCAUGUGCGAUUCUAGCGCUAAAUAGUAUCGGAAUAUCGGUUGGGUUUCUUCCAAAUUGCGUUUCCCUCGUAGUGUUUUCGUUGAAAUUGGAUAACUUUGAUGUUAGUUGGGUGUAUAGGCUUGUUCCUCUUUGCUGCGUCUCUGAUGCACAUAACCUGUUUGAUGAUUUGCUCCUCUGAAGAAUGGGUCUGGCUAGGGGGUAGUGUAGAUAGCUUUCUGUUAACUGCUAGGUGAUAGAUUGGGGUUUGCUGUGGAUUCAUACUUAAUUUGAGUUUUCUUUUUCGCUGAAGAUCCUUACUUUGAUGUUCUCUGACCAGAGAUGAGUCGAUUGCAAUCACCUUCCGCCCUGAAACGAAAGCGCCCGGACUCAAACUCUCAGGGUAUGACCGAUCAAGAGAGAGUCGUCUACAAGCUGAUCCACGAAAAAGAGAAUAUGGGAAUAUGGGUGCGAGACAUCAAGCGAUCCUCGAAUCUCCAAGACACCAUUGUCAACAAAUCCAUCAAAUCCCUCCUGGACAAGGGCAUGAUCAAGGAAGUGGUCAACGUCCAGAACAAGACGAGGAAGACCUACCUGGCAGCAGAGUUCGAACCUUCCCCGGAACUAACGGGUGGGGCAUGGUACGACGAUGGGAACCUCGAUGUGGAUUUCAUCAAUGCUGUAAAAAAAUUAUGCUCGCAGAAGAUAAAACAGCUAAAGGUGGCUACAGUGGAGAGUGUGAUGGACUCAGUCAAGGCUAGCGGGGCGUUCAAAGCCGAUUUGAAGAAAAAUCACUUUGAAGAGAUCUUUGGUGCUCUGGUUCUGGACAACGAGGUGAUGGAAGUGGAGAGCAACGGGAUGGGGGAGUUCGCGGGUAUAAAGGUGGGGAAAGUUUGCUACAAAGCUAUUGGUAAGCGAAGAGUUGGAGCUGCUGCUGCUGCUGCUGCUGCAGCAGAGCCUAGGAUUGGGGCGAUGGCGUCCAUACCUUGUGGGGUAUGUCCAAGGAUAAGUAGCUGUACUCCUGAUGGGGUCAUCUCUCCCGGUACUUGUGUCUACUACCAGAAGUGGCUCGACUUUUGAAGAUCAACAAGCUGUGGUUUAUAGUGGAAAUGGUAAAUAGGACUCCUCUGCCUUUAUGAUUUGGAGCUUCAAUGGCUUGCUCACGGUGCAAGUCUCGAAUCGGAAACCAUUGUCCUGGAGAUAGAAGCACCCUGUUCUCUGUGCAGGGAUCAGAAGUACCGCUGCUAGCUACUUUGAAGACCUUUUGUUUUUCUUUUCUGUCGGUUUGUUUCUUUCAUCAUUAGUUACAUAGGAGUUGAUUAUUGUCCCUUCAUCAACUGCUCUGGACUUGGAUAACUGCUUUCUGAUUAUAGAUCUCAGGUUUAGGAGCUCUUAUUGGCAAAUCUGCAACUGUCCAGAGUUCUGUUUCCUGCUGCAAUUUGACUUGGGUGCUCAAGUGGAAAGGUUAGUUAGAAAUCCACCGUCUUCAUAAGCAGCAUUUUCAUUUUGAUCAAUUGCGUCAUUCAGCCAAAUGGCAUUGCCUAGUCACUUGAGAUUUGCAAUAGAAAGAAUCUCUAUUCAGUCUUCAUUAGAGAUUCAACUUAGAAUCAUUAAGGAAAAAGUAUAGUGGUGCCUUUGUUGUUUCAAACAAUAACUCGGCUUAGUCCAGACAACUUCCAACAAAGCUGCUAUGAAAAAAGAAUUGUUCAUGUUCAUCAUCAACGAGUUAUUAUGUUACUGAUUAAUAUUAUUCUCAAAUUUCGUAAAACAAUCAAGACACCAAUAAUCG